AUGGCCCCAACGCAAUUAGAGAUUAAAGUUAAAGCACUAGAAAGGUUGGUGAAGGAAGAGAGUUAUUACCUACAAGAAGCAAAGGAUCAAGCUGCUCAUGUAGAAAGCUUAAAGAAUGAUCCUAAAAUCGAUCCUUAUGACUUAAAGAAACAAGUAGAAGUCCUGGAGGAUACUCAAAGAUUACUUCCAACUUUAUACCAAAAGAUUCGUGAAUUCAAAGAUGACCUUUCACAGUUUCUAGCAUCUUACAAGGGUAUAGAAAAGACAGACCCAGCUAAAGCCGCUUUGGAGAGUGCAGACGCUUUAUUAGCUACGGUUGAUCAAAAAUAA